UUUUCUCCGAACAUACCGGUGGUUUGAUUUUUCGCAAACGGAUGCAUUAAUGUGUCGGCUGAAAAAGCGGCGUUUGUGUCUGGGAAUCGCAUGUUUGUGUUGCAUAUAUUUCGUUCACAUCGAAAUCUCCAGGACUCACAGCCAGAAGUCAGACAAGGUUUUGGAAACUUUUCUUGUGACUCCAGUAUUCCUUGAUUUCGACCAUCGGAACUACAUUAGCAAAGAAAAAUACAUCUCAGCAGAUUAUUUUACAAAACAUGCUUUCAACAUUAAAACUAGCAAUGACAUUCCAGUUGAUAGAAACAUUCCUGAUUCAAGGCAUCCAAGUUGCAGAGAAAAAUUACCCGAUGUUCCCCAUGACUUCUCAGUGAGUGUUAUAAUUAGCUUUCACAAUGAGGCCAGAUCUGCCCUUCUAAGAGCAAUCAUCAGCAUCCUGAACCGAAGCCCGCAAUUACUGAAGGAAAUUAUUUUAAUUGAUGACUUCAGCGACGAUGAAAAUGAUGUCUUAGGCCUAGCAAAUUUGCCCAAAGUUAAAGUUUAUAGAAAUACAAGAAGGGAAGGUCUUGCAAGAUCUCGGAUGUUUGGGGUGGAAAAAUCAACUGGUAGUCAUGUGGUGUUCCUCGACAGUCAUUGUGAAGUUAAUUUUGGGUGGUUAGCUUCCUUAUUAAGCAUUGCUGCAAAGCAUCCCAGAGCACUCGUUAGUCCAAUAAUCGACUUGAUAGAUGCGGAUACGUUCGAUUAUAAAGCAUCAGGAGAGUAUAAAGGAGGUUUCAACUGGAACCUACGUUUCCAAUGGCAACCCAGAGCUGAAAAUGAAGAACUGAAACGAAAUGAAAUAGUGGAUUUCUUCAAGUCACCUGUGAUACCUGGUGGACUCUUUCUAGUCCAAAAAUCAUGGUUUGAAGAAUUGGGAGGCUUUGAUAAAGGCUUGGAGAUAUGGGGAGCUGAAAAUAUUGAAGUGUCUAUCAAGGCAUGGCUGUGUGGGGGAGAAGUUUUGACUGUUCCAUGUUCUAGAGUGGGUCAUGUUUUCCGGGAACGUCACCCGUAUUCCUUUCCUCCAAACGGCAGCCUUUCAAUAUACCUCAAGAACUCUCGGAGAAUUGCUGAAACGUGGCUGGACGAGUACAAGUAUCAGUUUUAUGAGACCGAACCUCAAGCGAAAAAUAUUAAUUUAGAGAUAGACAAAAGUGCAUCAGUGAUCAAACAAAGGUUAAAAUGCAAACCUUUCCACUGGUUUUUAGAUAAUGUGUAUCCUGAAUUGAAGCCCAUAAGCAAAGAUGCUUUAGCAUUAGGUCAACUUCAGCAGGAAAAAAUGUGCCUUCAAAGUCAAGCUAAGGGGAACAAUAAAGCACUAUUAAUGUUAGCUCUUUGCGAUUAUAACAAGCCAGAGCAAGAAUGGCAUUUUGCAGCAUCUGGUGAACUGCUUCAGAAUCAAAGCUGUGUAACUGUGAAAAUUUCGAAAAGACCGAAAAUUUAUCUUUCGAAAUGCAUCAAUAGUAUGAAGCAAAAAUGGACUCGUCGACGCAGGUUGCUGAUUUUCCAAGGGCAAUGUCUUGAAACUGUCUUGGAUAUCAUCCGAGGACAUUAUUACCUCACCUUAAAUCCUUGUAGAAAGGACGCUUAUUCCCAGCAAUGGGACUUUUCGAUGGAACUGCAAGCUUGGGAAGACAGGUGACCUUAGAGCGGAGCAAAUAGGAUUAACUUCACCACCAUCUCUUUGCCCCCAAUGGUUUCAAACGCUUUGACGUAACUGAAAUUACUAUGAAUAGCGUGAAACAUUUUCAUUCGGUUUCCCCUCCUUUUUUAUUUUUGAAUAAUAUCUUUUUUUUCUUCUUCUUUUUUUUGGAACUUCUGUGAGUCUGGAGAUCCCACACGAAGCCAUAUUGAGAAUUCGAGUUGCUUUCGUUUGGUAUUGACCCGGAUGUAGCCACGUUUCUAAUUCGGCAGGGUCUCAAUGGAUAUUAAGUUAAAUGGAGAAAAAUGAUAGAUUAUUAUUAUUUUUAUGUGUAUGAGGUUGGGGGGCCAUUCCACGAAAAAGUCAACCCUUUGUCCCGCACGUGACGCUUCAUCUAUUUCAUUGAAAAGUGAUCAUUUUAAGGGGUAACGACGAAAUAUUUUGCGAAAAAAUCACACAUAAAGUUGUAAUAUUUUAAUGAAAUAUACGAAACGUUACGCGCGGGACAAAAUGACCGUUUUCCGCGAAAUGACCCUAUAGCAUUUUUAAAAUUCAUUCUGAUUUGAAAAAUGCUUCGUUUUUAAUGGAAUCAUUUUUAGAAUGAAAACUAAUACAUAUUUUAAGUGGGGUCAAUAUUGCCGUCCACAAAAUGUCUUUUUUUCCCUUCAAUAUACUUUUUUUUAAAUUUUAUUAUUUUUUAAAAAUACACAAAUGAAAUGCUAAAAUUAAUUUCAAGUUGUCUGUGAUAAUGAGUGCUUUUGAAAAGUACGAGCGUAAUAUUUUAAAUGUAUUUUUAUGAAAAACAAAUUUGUACGUAAAAAUUUAA